GGCAGCGCGGCCGCCGCCGCCGCCGGAGGAGCCGCCCCCCGCGCCGAGGUCUCGCCGCUCGGCCCCCUCGGCUCGGCGCGGCGCGGCGGGGGCACGCCGGCGGGGGCACGCCGUCGGGGCGGGCGGGCGGGCGGCGGCAUGUGGCGGGGGCUGCCGGUGCUGGCCCUGGCCGGGCUGCUGGUGCUGGGGCGGGCGCCGGCGGGGCGGUCGGCGGCCUGCGAGCCGGUGCGCAUCCCGCUGUGCAAGCCGCUGCCCUGGAACAUGACCAAGAUGCCGAACCACCUGCACCACAGCACGCAGGCCAACGCCGUGCUGGCCAUGGAGCAGUUCGAGGGGCUGCUGGGCACCAACUGCAGCCCCGACCUCCUCUUCUUCCUCUGCGCCAUGUACGCGCCCAUCUGCACCAUCGACUUCCAGCAUGAGCCCAUCAAGCCCUGCAAGUCCGUCUGCGAGCGCGCCCGGGCCGGCUGCGAGCCCGUCCUCAUCCGCUACCGCCACGCCUGGCCCGAGAGCCUGGCCUGCGACGAGCUGCCGCUCUACGAUCGCGGCGUCUGCAUCUCCCCCGAGGCCAUCGUCACCGCCGAGGGCGCCGAUUUCCCUAUGGAUUCGAAUAAUGGCAACUGUAGAGGUGCCGGCAUCGAGCGCUGCAAGUGCAAGCCUAUAAAAGCUACCCAGAAGACCUAUCUUCGCAACAAUUACAACUACGUCAUUCGGGCUAAAGUGAAGGAGGUGAAGACCAAAUGUCAUGAUGUCACUGCGGUGGUGGAAGUAAAGGAGAUCCUAAAAUCUUCCCUGGUGAACAUCCCAAAGGACACUGUAAACCUUCACACGAACUCCGGCUGCCUGUGUCCGCCGCUCAGCGCCAACGAAGAGUACAUCAUUAUGGGCUACGAAGAUGAGGAGCGCUCCAGGUUACUCUUGGUGGAAGGCUCCAUAGCUGAGAAAUGGAAGGAUCGUCUCGGUAAAAAAGUAAAGCGCUGGGAUCAGAAACUCCGCCACCUUGGGAAGGGGAAGGGAGAGCCCGGACACGGCGACUCGGCUCCAAAGCCUGGCAAACCCAGCAGUGCCCGGCAAGCGCGUAGUUAGAUGUGGGACGCCGUACGUUGACAUGCAGCGGACUAUCUACCAAGACUUCAUUGUUGGAGCAGCAAAGGAGAAAUUGCACUAUUGCACGUUAUAUUCUAUUGUUUACUACAAAAUAAUGUUUUAGCUUAUAUUAGUUUUUAUUCUCCCUCUUGUUUUCUGCCUUUUGGUUGUUUUUUUUUUUUUUUUUUCAGAUGUGUGCAAGCUCUGGAAAUAUAUUUUAUUUUUUCUCUUUUACUAAGAACUGUAGAAAACUGCCCUUAUGAGAUGGGGAAAGAUAAGGACAUGCUGAAUUUACCAUUUUAUCUCCUGAGUCGUCCUUGGGAGAAGGUUCUGAUGCAGGCGGGACUGAGAUCUGGCAAAGACCAUCACUUGAAGUCAGGACUCUGACUGGCUUCCCCCUUUCUUUCCUGGUCACUGCUUGCUGCAAUUCAUUGUGCUGGGUGGAGGUUGUUCAUCUGGCUUGAAGCGCUUGAUUUUUUUAUUCUGAAACGUAUCAAGAAGUGAUGUUAAGAGAACAUCAGUACACCUUUGUUAAGUUUUCUUAACUCAUAAAUCAACCACUUGCGUAAGCCAAAGUCUAACUUCAGAUAUUUCCCGCGACAAACGCGGCGUGCUUGUGCACACGGGACCUGGGGUUUCCAGCGCUCUGGACCGCGCGGGAAAGGUGGUAUAGUUCUGUUACUGCAGGGCGUAAUUUAUGAUGCGCUUCUUCUCUCGUAACGGCAGUUUUUUCCCCUUUUCUUUCAUCCGCUGAGUUGUAGGAGUAGACUGACUUACCAGGCCUGCUUCUCAGUACAGGUCUGCACUUUAUCCUUUUGAUUUUGUGGUGUUAUUCUUAAAUCUGUGCCUACAUAAACAAGUGUUCAAUGCUCAGCAAAAUAUGUCCAAUAAAAGAAUUGUAGUUGUCAA